AUGAUGUAUGAAGAUUAUGAUGAUUUUCCACUUUGCUUUGAAAAGGCCAUUCGUAUAUAUUUGAAUGGAGAUUCGUCAAAGUAUACAGAUUUGAAGAUUGCUUAAAAUACAACAUGGAAUGACAUUUAAACACAACUAGAUUAGAAAUUUGGGAAAUUUAGAGAGAUGAGACUGUUUACACAACAGGGCGUAGAGAUCUUUGAUGAUGAUGUUAAGUUUUUUAAGGAUGGAUAAUCUUUCUACGCAUCUCGAGGAGAUGAAUUUGAUCCUUAUUCACCAUUCUCAUAAUAUGAAACAAUGAAACAAUUGGGAGAGGGAGGUUUUGGAUGUGUGACACUGGCUAAACAUAGGAUCACAGGUGAAUUAGUCGCAAUAAAGAUAAUAAAAAUGAUAGGAAAUGCAUAAGACAUAGAACUAAAUUUUCGAGAAGCAGAAGUUCUUCGCUCUUUAACUCAUAAGAAUAUAGUGAAAGUGUAUAAUUCUUAUGCAUUGAAAAAUACUUAAAUGGCUGUGAUAAUGGAAUAUUUGGAAGGUGGUGAGUUGAGUGACAGAUUGAAGUAGAAAGGAGGGAGAUUUUCAGAGGAGGAGGCCUGCAAAUAUUUUAGAUAGAUAGUUUGUGCAAUUUCCUAUUGUCAUUAAAAAAAUGUGGUUCAUAGAGAUUUGAAACUGGAGAAUUUGUUAUUCAGCUCAGUCGAUUCGGACGAAUUAAAGGCAAUAGAUUUUGGUAUAGCUGGAAUUCAAUGUCCAACAAAUACUGAUCAUGUGAACAUUGGGAGUUUGCAUUACAUGGCUCCAGAGAUUCUCGCAGGCAGAGUCACACGUGUAAGCACAUCAGUGGACAUAUGGGCCAUGGGAAUAAUACUGUAUAAGUUGCUCUUCGGAAAUGUUCCAUUCAAUGGAAAAACUCAAUAAGACAUAAUUAAUAGCAUAAUAAAUAAAGAAUUGCAAUUACCACCAAAUAAUUUAAGUGAGGAAGUAGUCAAUUUAUUGAAUCAAAUGUUGGAGAAGAAUAAUGAACUUAGAUUGCGAAUAACAGAUGUCGAAUUUCAUCCUUGGGUUAAUACCGAUCAAAGAACUCCUCAACGUAAAUAAACAUUCCUACAGAUACCAUCAGAAGGAAGUAUUCGUAAAGCUCGACCCUCUGCCAGUCCCAGGGCUAGAAGCAAAUCGCCCAAUCCCUCAGGCAUUCUUAAACAUCCUAAUAUAUUCAAAUUAUGA